AUGUACAUGGCGAUGUUGAUGCUCUGCGUGCUGAAUGAUUUGCUGCCCGUCGCCGCUGAGAGCGCGGUGUCGGGGUACAAUAUUGUUGUCGUUAAGCGACCUGUUGGUGGAGCUGCAGUCCGAAGCGCUGAGAAAGCUCUCAGAGGAGACCCGGAUGACAGCAUUGUCACUGAGCACGGAUCAGACAACCGCCGCAGGAGUUCGUACGCGCAGGCCAACCGUCCUUCGCAUUGGUCCUGGCGGUUGAGGUGUCUUGGACAGGGAUCGUCAUCCAAAUCAUGGAUGCCCAAGCUUCAACCGCUCACCUGUCAAACAGCACAAGAUAUCAACCGCAGGACGACUAGCCUCUCCUCCGCCAUCCGGGAGCACCUAUGUUCCAUCAUUUGUCGUCCCGAAUACAUGGUUGGAGGUCUCCAGCCUGGAGAUAUCAGACGCCCGAGUUGA